AACAAGUGACCGAAAUAUUGAACGACACGGUUUUUUUUUGUAAACAAUGCUUCUGGUGUCAAAUAACAUAUCAUUAGAGUCGUACUACGGUAACGAAACGGUAUCUUUAUUACACUUUGUUUUACCGGCAACGAUACGCUUCAUAAAUAAGAUGAUCUGAUAUCUCUGAGGUGACUUGUCUCUCCAGGCACCUUCCCUCUUCUGCGAUGGACCCGUCUGAUGGCAAGGGGAGCCUGAACCUCAUGGUGGAGGCUGUGGCCCUGAAUCCUGCUGCGGACAGCUCCAACGCACAGAAAGACACCCCGCCUACAGACAUGCUGAGAAUGAAUCAACAGAUGUCCAACCAGUGUUUUGAGAUGGCCGUACAGCUCCAAGCAGGAAAAAGUAAGAGAUCAUGCAGCACAUCUGAAGCUGAAAGAGAUUUGCCAGUUUAUGUCAAAGAGCUGGAAGGAGUCAAGACCCUUAACUUUAACAGCACGUUAACACUGCACAGAAUGCAGAUGUGGCACGCUAUUGGAGAAACAGUGAAGGGGAAUUAUUCAGGGUCGGUUGCCCUGAAAGCUGGGAAUGAUCGCUGCAUGGCUCUUUGUUCACAAAUAAAACAAUGUCAGCAAGAGUCAAAAGAUCUUCAAGAUGAAGUUACCGAAGUACUGAAGAAAAGGCUUGAAAUGAAGCGGCUCAUUGAUGAGAAAAUGAAAGAGAUGGAAGACUUGAAGUCCAAGAAAGAGGACGGGUUUACAGAGAAGUACAAAGCUGCGAUGGAGAAAGGACAGGAGAACCUGGAGAAAUACAGAAAGUUGGGCGUCAUGACACAAAACGUCCUCAGGGGCAUCAUCUUGGCCUGCAGAGUCAACUGGAUGGAAGAUCCCACACUUCGAGACAUCGCCAUGACGCUGGAGGACUUGCCCUUCUCUGACUAAAAAACAAAUCAAUGUAUCUUAUAUUUAUACGUGUCUGUAUUGUAUUGUCAAAUAAAGAAUCAAUAAAAGUA